UCGUUCGUCUCGUCAAAAAAUCUUGCCCAUCUCACAUAGAGCUCAUGGUGAUGAUCCGACCUCGAACAGGCGACUUCCUCUACACACCACACGAACUAUCCGUCAUGCUUGAAGAUAUCCGCGCUUUCGCAGAAAUAGGCAUAACGGGGGUGGUAUUCGGCGCUUUAUGCGCUGAUGGUAAAGUCGACAUGGAGAAGACGGAGAUACUUACCGAAGAGGCGGUAAAGUAUAAUCUACAAGUAUGCAUUCAUCGAGCGUUUGAUAUGGUUGUUGAUCAAAAAGAUUCUUUACAUACCUUAUCUACCAUCUUAGGCAUAACACGUAUCUUAACUAGUGGUGGAAAACCAACCGUCUCAGAAGGCCUUGCAUCCCUCGUCAACCUCUGCACCUCCCUGGAAAAUCAAAAUCGAACUCUGGAGUCUUCAACAACUCUCACAUCUCCCUCUUCCCUUCCUCAAAGACAAACCCGUCUCGAAAUAAUGCCGGGCUCAGGCCUAAAUGCCCAUACUCUCCCACCAAUUCUCUACAUUCUCCGACCCUUCAUAUCUUCAGGUAUUAUACGUUCAAUCCACAUGAGUGGAGGGAGCUUUGUCGAAAGUGGCGUGUUACACAGACCAGAAGGUAUGGGAAUGGGUGUUGGAGAUGCUGGAGAAUGGGGAAUUUGGCGGACGAAUGAGGAGAAAGUGAGAGCCGUGAGGGAGGUUGUUGAUAAAAUGUGGGAGGAAAUUGUAAAGGAGCAUAGGGUGAAGUCUGAAUAA